GGAAGCGGCUUGGGCUUCUGGGCGCGCGGAUAUGGCGGAGGCUGUGCGGGAGGAGCUCUCGGCGUUGGCCGCGAUUUUCUGCGGGCCCCGCGAGUGGGAGAUGUUGAGCUGUUCAGAGACAGAUGGGGCUGUACUGAAAAUUCACACGACAGCUGAAGGACUUGUGGGUGAGGCCGUGCCCUUAGAGCUGGUGUUCCAUUUACCAGCCGGCUACCCUUCGUGUCUACCUGGGGUCUCCGUCAACUCGGAACAGCUGACCAGGGCCCAGUGUCUUACGGUGAAGGAGAAGUUACUCGAUGAAGCCGGGAAGCUUCUGUCAGAACCUAUGGUCCACGAGCUGGUUCUUUGGGUUCAGCAGAAUCUGAGGCUCGUCCUCAGCCGGCCAGAGACUGCAGGCAGCAGUUCGAAGUGUACUUUGCCAGAAAGCACGGCCGUGGAUGACGGAUUGUGGAUAACUCUUUUGCAUUUAGAUCACAUGAGAGCAAGGACUAAAUAUGUCAAAGCUGUGGAGAAGUGGGCUUCUGAGUUAAGGCUGACAGGAAGACUGAUGUUCAUGGGCAAAAUAAUACUGAUUUUACUACAAGGAGACAGAAGCAACAUCAAGGAGUACCUGAUUCUUCAGAAAACCUCCAAAGUAGAUGUGGACUCAAGUGGAAAGAAAUGCAAAGAGAAAAUGAUUAGUGUACUGUCUGAAACAAAAGUACAAACGGAACACAAAAGGUUUCUGGCGUUUGAAGUCAAAGAGUAUUCAACAUUGGAGGAGUUACAAAAGGAAUUUGAAACUGCGGGACUUCGGGAGCUCUUCUCAGAAUGUGUACUCGGGCUGGUAAAAUGAAGUGAAUGACAGGAACCAUGGGUAAAACAGCCGCUCCGUUGCUGAUUUCCUGAUGCCUUUGGGGAGGGGCUCGUUGAAGUAGUCACAAGAGAGCAAUCUAAAGUUUCUCUGAAGCAAAAUCAUUCUCAUUUCAGGAAGAAAGCGAGUUCUGUUUUAUGGAAUAUUAAACAUGAAAAGACCCCAUAUAUUCUAAUGUUUGCCAGAAAAGACUAGGUUCAAUAGAUGGGAUUAUCUGAAGGAGAAAUAAACAAACCCACAACGGUAAAUGAGCUGUUGUUUUUCUAUAGACGGUUUGUUUAGAAGUCUGCAAUUUUCAGGCUAAUUUUCUUGUAAUUAAAUGAUUUCUUAAAGUGA